GAUCGAGAAAGCCCAGCAGCGUUUAUCGUAUCAGAAGGAGAAACGGCGAAGGUGUUGAGGGGCGGAAGUCGAAGAUGCGGUGUCACUGUUGCCGGAAACUGCGACUCCGGGAGGACGGGUCGUAACGCCUAAACGCCGUUUCCCAGGGCGGAAUGGAGUCCUUUUGCGGUUCUAAGUUUUGGGAUACCGAGCUAUCAUGGAACCGCAAUACAAACCCCGACCUGACCAUGUGCUUCCAAAACACUGUGAUGUUGUGGCUGCCAUGCGGUCUCCUCUGGCUCUGCGCGCCGUUGGAGUUCCUGGCCAUGGCGAAAAGCAAGCGCAGGAGGCGACCCUGGACUCUGCUGACCACCGCCAAACUGUUUUCCUCGUUCCUGCUGAUGGCCCUUGCGGCUGCGGAGCUCGGCAACCGGUUUUCAAGACUUGGCAGAGGCUCAACGCUUUAUCCAGUCGACUACGUAGCGCCAUCUGUACGCCUCGUCAGCUAUGUAAGUGGGCGUUAUCAAGCACAGGCAUGA